AUGACUCAAGAUAUAAAAUAUAAGAGAAGUUUGAUCGUAUUCAUAUCUAGUAAUAUGAUACCAACCAUAUGAUUGGUAUCAUAUUAAAUUAGAGAAUUUGAAGGACGGAUAUACAUAGCGGCUCAAAAAGGUGAGGGCACAUAAAAUACUUUUGAUUUUGCCUUUUCUCAAUCAGUGUAGCAAUAAUCAACGCUGCGAAUGCGAUGAGCAAAAACACACCUCGAUUCGGAGUUCAGAGAUAGUGCGGACCAGGGGCUAUGGCUUCUCAAUCCCCUUCUCUUCCCAUUUCCCCACUUCAAACCGCUGGUUUCACUCUAUGCUCUCUUUCUCUCUGUUUUUUUUUUUUUUUCUCGUGCAACUCGAUAAUGUUAAACAUGAUCUGCGAACAAUUUUUUGAAGCUCACGAACACGCUCUCCACUUUCUACUUCGCAUUUGGAUAAUCAUUGAUCGAUGAAUUCAAUUAAUCUAGAGCAAAUAAAAAUACGGUGAUUUCGUUGUGUUUCAUUUGUCGUUUUAGAUUAACUUACUAUAGCUUUGUGUGAAAUGAUUAACCUACGUAGUUAACCUGAGCUCUGGUUCGUUAUUCGAGAGGUGUGAUUACUGUGUGGAUAAUACUGUAUUUUUCAUCGUGUUUAUUUAGUUUGCUGUGUCGCUAUUGGAUAUUUCUGUGCUUGAUGUUUCAGAAAAGUUGUUGGUUAUAUUAUUUCUUAUCGAAUCUUUUGAUUAAAUUGAUUCGUUGAAUCUCCUUUUCAUGGUGUAGGUGGUGAAAUUGCACAACCGGAAAAUGUUGAUCAGCAGAAUAGUGGAGAGGAGCUUGGUAAACAAAGUUCAGACACAUCUGUGUUUGUUAAUUCAGAACCAAUGCGCGAGGAACAAAUUCAAAAUGCUGUGAAAUUUCUGUCGCACCCGAAAGUUAGAGGUUCUCCUGUCAUCCAUAGGCGGUCAUUUCUGGAGAAGAAGGGCCUUACGAAGGAGGAGAUUGAUGAAGCCUUUCGGCGUGUGCCUGAUUCAGCUCCCAGUGUGCAGACAGCUGGUGUAAAUCAAGAUGAACAAUUAAAGCCAUCUUCAAACAUUCAUCAGCAAAGCCAACCACAGGCUUUGCAGACGACUGUACCAGCUUCUACUGGCGUUAUUACUUCACUGGGAACCUUGUCACACCACCAUUUUCACUGGUCUCAUGCCCUUAUUGCAGUUGGAUUACUAGCUACUUCUGGUGCUGGUACAGUUAUACUAAUUAAGGUAUUUGCAACUAAUUCUUCUGGAUGAUUCUAUCUAAGUUGGUAUCUUAGUGGGCUUGGUUUGACAUAUUUAUCUUUUCUUGUACUUAACUUAUUUUCUUGCUCUAUUCAUAAGCUUUAUCACUUUGUGAUUUGGUUGGAGACUCACUGAACUUUGGUAGCAUGUUCCUUGUUUUAGAAUUCUGUUCUCCCUUGGUUAAAAUCCUGGUUGCGCAAUGUUUUAUUUCACCAUAUUCCUUUCUUCACCUUCCAGCUACCGCUUUAGGAAAAAAGUAACAUAACCAACUUCCAUUUUUGUUCUACUAGGAACCCAACGCUUUCACCA